AGUGCUGUCACUUCAUUUUUCCUACAGGUCAGUCUCAAAGAUGGCUCAAACCAAAUCAGCACAAAUGCUCGAGUGGCAAGAUGGGGAUGGUCUGAAUACGAUGAGAGGCACUACUCACAGGGUGACUGGAACAUCCAGCAGCAGAACUAUGCAGCCGUAUAUGGGGAAGCUGUCGACACUGAAGAUUAUGUAGCACUAAGUCAAGCCAGUUGCCGUCACACUUUGACAACAUAUGAAAACUCAACUGACAGAUUCAUAGAGGAAGCAAUGGCUCUGAGCCUUAAAGCACUGGUGAUAGAUAAACAUCAACCACACAACAUGAUUGCGUACGAACCUGCAUUAGAGUACACAUUAGAUGGAAAACGAAUGGCUCUGAUAGUGUGUGACACAUCCAGAGACGGAUGCCAGCACGACAUCCAACGUGUGCUCAAAUUCUGCGGCCAGAAUGGAUUCAGCUGUUAUCAGACUGCCCAGUUCACUAAAGCGGGGCUGAUGGACGAUUUGGAGGCCUUUAAGGGAAUGCUGAGUGAUGAUGUCUGCUGCCUCACCAUUUUCAUCAUGGCCCACGGAAGUCUUGGGCACAUCAAUGUGUCCGACGGCCAGAUUGAGCUGCAGAGAAUCUCUGAGAUGUUUGACAACCGAGGAUGCCCAGCACUGCGUGGAAAUCCCAAACUGUUUGUGAUACAAGCAUGUCGAGGAGUCCAGCAGUGUUCAAAUAACCCCUGUUUUGAUGCAAGCGAGCUGUCAGGUGUAGAUCAGGAGCGCCUGUGGCCGGUGGAGUCGGAUUCCUUGUUUGUCUAUGCAGUGUGUCCAGGGAACCUGGCGAUCCGUUACCCCGACACUGGGAGUCCACUGUUUGAGGAGAUGAACCAUGUAUUCUCUCAAUCUGUCUCCGAUUAUAGCAUGCACGAUCUCUUCACCAUGGUGAACAGCAGACUGGAGAAGAGAAUAGAGAGAGUUGGAUACAAAACAGACCGACGACCUUGGCAGAUUCCACAGAACCUUGUAAUGCCUGGACUGGGACGAAGGAGAGAAGCAUCAGGACCAGUGGGUGGCCCACUGCAUAUUGUUGACCGUCUGACUCAAAAAUGGUACCUGAGGUAGCUCACCAGGGAGAGCGCCUACCAUUAGAAGGACAGUCCUGGACAUUUGAAGUGGGGUUGAAUGAGGUACUUAACCAUAGUCAGUGUAUUACAUGCAGUAGAUGGCAACAUCCAGUUUAGAGGAACAGGCAGGAGUACUGCCAUGGAUUCGAAACAAUGCACUGCUGUGGACAUGGCCGCAGCAAAAUGUAUUUUAGCCACCUAAAAAAAUCAGUAUCAGUUUAAUUGUGUGCUACAUUGGGAAUAUUUUCACUGCUUUACCUUGCUGGGAAACAGACAUUUCUUACAGAACUGCAGUUACAUCACUCUCUUCGCAGCCAGACUCCACUGAGAAAAACAGUAAUUUAACAUCACUGAACAUGGGAGCUGCUGGUCUACAGCUGCCUCGAUUAACAAGUUAGUUUGUGUUAUUGUGUGACUUUGGCAUUUAAUCGGGUUGGUUUCAGAUUCACCAAAGUCACACAAUAACACAAGCUAACUAAGUGAUAGAGGCAGCAGUAGACCAGCAGCUCCUGUGUUUAGUGAGCUAAAAUUCCUGUUUUUCUCAGUGGAGUCUGGCGAUUUUGACAAGAGCAUAGAUUGGGAAUGGGCUGUCUGACAGAAGGUUAAAGCAAUCCUCAUCUAGCCAGAUGCCAAGAUAUUUGUACUCUGUGAUUCUCUCGAUUUCUGAGCCAGUUUUGGUGUAUAAAUGCACACUAUUGAAAUCAAUGUUUUUGGCUCGGGUAAACAACACGUAUUUUGUCUUAUUUGCAUUAAGAAGUAGUUUAUGUUUGAUUAGAGAUUGUUGAAAAGAAUUAAAAGCAGUUUGCAAGUUGAUGGCUGUCUGAACAGAAUCCGCACAUCCGUACAAUAUAAAAUUGUGUCAUCUGCAUAAAAAUGGGCAUGACAACCAAUUAAAGAAGGAAUAAUAUCAUUAAUACAGACAGUAAAAAGCAAUGGACCCAAAACAGACCCUUGAGGUACACCUCCACUAACUGACAAAAAAUCAGAUUUUGUAUGGCCAAGCUUAACACAUUGACACCUGUCAGUGAAGUAGCUCUGAAACCAUGCACAUGCAUUUUCAUCCAACCCCAUUGCAUCUAAUUUUCUCAAGAGCAAGUGAUGAUUGACUGUAUCAAAUGCUUUAGACAGAUCUAUAAAAAGAGCAGCGCAAUGAUAUCUUCUGUCUAAUGCAGUAUGUAGUAUCUUCUGUCUAACCGAUUGGCUAAUAGUCAGCUGAUUGGUUGAAGUGGAGGGAGUGGGAUGAAGAGAGAAUUGUGAAUGGAUAUAACAUAAAGAAAGUUUUCCUGAUUGAACUUAUGCUGAGCUUUGUCUAUCUGAGAGAUGUAUAGAGCCUCUUUCUGUAUGAUAAAAAAAAGGUGGUGUGACACAUGCCAGUACUACUUCAGGGUGUUUUUGGCUGUGGGCUGGGGGAAUGUAUGUCUGUAGAUUUUACUGUUGCCAUUUUUAAUGACAGUAUGUACAAAGACAUGAUGUCCAAUAAACUACAGCUUUGACCUGUA